CCGCGAUGGGCGGGGCUUCCGCGCCCGCUGCCGUCGCCCGUGGAGACACCGGGAGCGGCGGUGGGAUCAUUACACCGAUAAAAUCAAAGCAAGCCGGACAGGUAGCAAGUCUGCCUAUGUAGAACUUCCCUGCUCCACUGAAAAUGUCUGGCAAAACAGCCACCACGACCAACAACAUUGCUCAGGCCCGAAGGACUGUGCAGCAGCUCAGGAUAGAAGCCUCAAUAGAGAGGAUAAAGGUGUCCAAAGCCUCGGCAGACCUGAUGCUGUACUGUGAGGAACACGCCAAGAAGGACCCGUUGCUCAUGGGCAUUCCUGCUUCUGAGAACCCUUUCAAGGACAAGAAAACCUGCAUUUUGUUAUAGGAGAGGGGCAGCUCCUCCCCAGCCCACCUAGGCAAGGCCAAGCACCAAGCACUCUGUAAGGUCCCAGCCGUUCCCUGGCUCGGAGCGGCUGCUCUUUUACCAUGUGUCUAAGUCCUUAAGCUUUCCAAAGCAUUCCUUCUGAUCCUUAUCUUUAUUAGGAAGCUGAAUUCAUGUCUUUCCUGGACAAGGGAAUGGGAGCAGCACUGGGGUCUCUGCACAGGGGGGUCCUGGUUGCAUUUGCCAAGUCAAACAAGACCAAAGUUGCCUGAGCUUUGCUGAUAAAGCAGAGGCCAAGUCGUAGAGACCUGAUGAAACAUCACUGGGUUUACAUUUUUUUAAAUGAUUAAUUUUUUUGGGGGGGGGGCGGUUGUGCCUGUGCUGGCAGCACCAGUUCGUGCACAGGUACGCUUAAAGUGCAUUUUCUAGCAAAAAAACUACCUUGCAAAAUGACUGUAGCAGCUGCUGAGGAGCUCCAGGGAGCUGUGCCACAACCUUCCUCCUGCUGGCCUCUCUUCCCAGUGGAGAGUUGAGAAUCAGAGACCUGCAGAUUGCUUUUUCUGCUUUUUAAGAGUUGAAAAAGCAGAAUUUUCAGCUUGGAUUCUGCUGCUCUGCAUUUUCCUCUCUAAUUUAAAAUCCCUGUUAGUAUAAAAACCAUCCUGUCAAAAGAAUGGAAGUCUGGAACUGCCCUGGCAGGAAAGAACGCUGCCCUCACUCGCAAUCCCUGUCACAUUCUGUGCAGGGAGUCAGAAUUUGACUCUUUUUUAAAAAAAAAUUCAUUUUUAAAGGGGAAAAAUGCCAAAUUAUAUUCAGCUUGUGGUUCUGCAUUUAUAAAUGGAGGGCCUUUUCAUCAAGUAUAUAUUUUAUAUAUACACAUAAUAAAAAAGUCUUUCUUCGUGUACCUGUGUAUAUAUAUAUACAUAAACUUUGUACUUAUGCAAAUAUUGCAUAUUAACAGCAAAUUUGGAAGGGUUUGAAAAUAAUACUGACUUCAGUUGGCUGCAAAUGUUCUUUUCUGCAUCCUGCUGAAGUUGUGGUCUGCCAUAACUGUGCAUUUCUGUGAGGAUAUUUACAGACUUUAUUAACUACUUGUCAUUUAUGUUGCAUAUUUGUCAUUUCUAUAUGAAAUUAUAGACUCACUAUUGAUAUAUAUCAAGAACCUAUAUCUUUGUUUAACAAGCCUCUUUGACAAAGAGCUCCAAAAUCAGCCUGACAGAGAAUUGUGCUGCUUAUCCUGUGCUUACGUGCAGAUUAUUUUUAUAGAGUAUUUUUCUAGAGGCAAUUGAAGAAAACAAUAAUGUAGCUCCACACUGAUUCUU